GAGUCAUUGUUAUUGAGAGCUGAAAUGGCACAGAGAGGAGUUCAGCUGGACCAAGAAAACAUUUCUUGUUCAAUCUGUGGGGAUCUACUGAAGGAUCCGGUUACUAUUCCCUGUGGACACAGCUACUGUAUGGUCUGUAUUAAAACCUGCUGGGAUGAAGAGGAUCAUAAAAGAAUCCACAGCUGUCCUCGGUGCAGGAAAACGUUCAAACCGAGGCCUGUGCUGGAGAAAAACAUCCUGUUAGCAGAGUUAGUGGAGAAGCUGAAGAAGACUGGACUCCAAGCUGCUCCAGCUGAUCACUGCUAUGCUGGACCUGAAGACGUGGCCUGUGACGUCUGCACUGGGAGGAAGCUGAAAGCCAUCAAGUCCUGUCUGGUCUGUCUGGUUUCUUACUGUGAGAAACAUCUCCAACAUCAUUAUGACAUAGUUCAGUUAAAGAAACACAAGCUGGUGGAGCCCUCCAAGAAUCUCCAGCAGCUCAUCUGUUCUCGUCAUGAUGAGGUGAUGAAGAUUUUCUGUCGUACUGAUCAGCAGAGUAUCUGUUAUCUCUGCUUAAUGGAUGAACAUAAAGGUCAUGAAACAGUUCCAGCUGCAGCAGAAAGAGCUGAGAAGCAGAAGGAGCUGGAGGCGAGACGACAACAAAUCCAGCAGAGAAUCCAGGACGGAGAGAAAGAUGUGAAGCUGCUUCAACAGGAGGUGGAGGUCAUCAAUGGCUUCGCUGAUAAAGCAGUGGAGGACAGUGAGAAGAUCUUCACUGAGCUGAUCCGUCUCAUCCAGAAAAUAAGCUCUGAUGUGAAGCAGCAGAUCAGAUCCCAGCAGGAAACUGAAGUGAGUCGAGUCAAAGAGCUUCAGGAGAAGCUGGAGCAGGAGAUCACUGAGCUGAAGAGGAAAGACGGCGAGCUGGAGCAGCUCUCACACACAGAGGAUCACAACCAGUUUCUACACAACUACCCCUCACUGUCAGCACUCAGUGAGUCUACACACUCAUCCAGCAUCAAUAUUCGUCCUCUCAGAUACUUUGAGGAUGUGACAGCAGCUGUGUCAGAGACCAGAGAUAAACUACAGGACAUCCUGACAGAGAAAUGGACAAACAUCUCACUGGCAGUCACUGAUGUGGAUGUUUUACUGUCUGAACCAGAACCAAAGAGCAGAGAUGACUUCCUAAAAUAUUCAACAGAAAUCACACUGGAUCCAAACACAGCAAACACAUAUCUGUUAUUAUCUGAGGGAAACAGAAAAGCAACAUUAAUGAAACUUAUUCAAUUAAUGAGUCAGUCUUAUCCUAGUCAUCCAGACAGAUUCACUGGAUGGUGGCAGGUCCUGAGCAGAGAGAGUCUGACUGGACGUUGUUACUGGGAGGUGGAGUGGAGAGGAAGAGGAGUUGAGAUAGCAGUCGCUUACAAGAAUAUCAGCAGAGCAGGGAACUCACAUGAAUGUGGAUUCGGAUUCAAUGACAAAUCUUGGUCGUUACGUUGUGAUGCAAACAGUUAUACUUUGCGCUGCAACAAAGUCCAAACUCCAGUCUCAGGUCCUCCUUCCUCCAGAAUAGGAGUGUAUCUGGACCACAGAGCAGGUAUGCUGUCUUUCUACAGCAUCUCUGAAACCAUGACUCUCCUUGACAGAGUCCAGACCACAUUCACUCAGCCGCUCUAUGUUGGAGUUAAUUUUUAUAACUAUUUACUUUCAUAUUCUGGCGGAGCCACUGCCGAGUUGAUCAAACUGAAGUAGUGUCUGUGUAGGCAUGGAGUCGGUGAUUGAUCACACUUUUAUUUACCUUUAUAAAUUAUGUUUGUUGGCUGUUGUUAUUGUUGAAAUGAAUGUACAGCAGGUUCACUGAAAUUAAUUCAGCUUGGAAAAUAUCUCAGACCCUGAAGACUUGUCAGUUAGUUUAGCCACGAGUUGAAAUUACGUCCCUCUAAGUCAUUAUGCUGCCCCUGCUUGUAUCAUCUCCCUGUGGAGAUUAAUCUAAGAGAUCUGGUGUUACAAAUAUGGAGCUACACAUGCUGUGUGCUGAUGAUAUAGCAAUCCAUUAGUAUAAUUCCAGACAUGUUAGCCUAAACUAUUUAGAAUGUCAUUAAAAUCAGCAAAAUGAUAGUGUGGUGGUGGUAAUCUUUAUCAUUUAGUCUUAUUUUAGUCUAAACAACUAUGUAGUAACAUUUAGAUGUGGUUUUGUUUUUGUUUUAAGGAUGGGGGAGGGGCAACUCUUUAGCGGGUAGCAAAAGAUGUCCAUCUCUUGAGCGCCUAGUUUAGACCAGUGGUUCACAAACGGGUUGAGAUCAUUUCAGGGGGUUGCAGAUAACUGUAAAAAACUAUAUAGCCUACAUUCACCAAAUAAAUUUGUGAUUUUUUUACAGGGCUGUCAAAAGUAAACUAUUAAUGACGAGAUAAAUCUUUGAAAUUAGCACCUUAAUUUUUUAACACUAACACAUAAACAACAACGUUAGUACACAUGCCAUAUUAAAAAUCUGAAAUUGAGAUUAACUGUGUGAGUAAAGCUUAUUUUGGGCAUGUAGGUGCCUUUACAUAUUGGUGAACCACCAAAAACCACUAUCCUCCUUAUUUAUGAAGAUUCUGAAAGUUUUCCAGCCUUACAUUUAGAGCAUGGCUGCAGGAUGACUUAUAUGACACUAUAUCAUACAAUCACCAAGUUGGGGGUCAGGAACAAACAUAUCUUAUCUUGUGGCUCAAAAGAUUUGAGAAACACUGGUCUACACAUAACAUAUAUAACAUAUGAAGUUUUAUUAUAUCACAAAUUCUUAAUUUUUUUUAAAAAAUGUUGUUUGUUUAAAUCAACAUUAUAAUUAUAUCAUGUGAAGGGUUUUACUUAUGUAGAUGUUUUUAUGCUUAUAAAUUCUCCCUGAUUUGCCAUUGUGUAUAAAGAGGUGUGUGUGUAAUUUGGAGACUGCCUGCUGAUUUUGAACAACAGGCUAAAUGUGUUGCUGCUUAGUUUCAUACGUUUUCCAAGUCUAUUUAUAGUGGGUUGCUCUAAUUUUGAAUAUAUUUAUUUAUGAAAAAUUAAGGCAAUGCAUUACUAAAACGCAGCAAACUGCAGUGGUUUAAUGUUACUGUACCCCUGGACCAGACCAGACACUUCACGUUUGUCUGUUGUUAAUGGACAUGUAACUGAAGCUAAUUUUGUCCUGUCCUAAGUAAAAGACAACUUAUUGUCCCCAGCCUAUGUCCUGUCCAUCUUCGUGUUUGUCUGCAUUCCUGAGAAAAGACAAAGGAUGAUCUGGAAAAGUUUGAAAGACGACAGCAAGCAACAAAGAGAAGAGUACAAAUUAAAGUUUUUAAAAAUGGUCUUGUUCAUUUGUUUAAUUCUUGAACAGAAACCACAAAGUCAGUCAAAUAAUACGUUUGUAUGCAAGCCAUGUUUUAUGUGAAGCAGCAAAUGAACAAAACAUUCUCAAGUUUCUCAGUGUAAAUGUGAUCACGGUGAAACUGGUUGGCUAUUCAACAAAUUCAACCUCUACCGCCGAUCACCAUGGUGACGGCAGUUUUCAGUGUUAAUGAAAAGUUCGACAUGUAUUUUCCUUGGUGGUCUCAAUAAAUGAA